AUGACCGACGACGCAGACCAAGGCUCCGGCCAGUCUUUGGCGAAGGCAGAGGAGACGACUGCGCAGCGCUUCAGCGCCCUGCAGACUCAGCUGCUAUGUGCGGCAAUCCAUUUCUUCCACCGCCACAUCCGUUCCGAUGCGGACGUUUUGCAGCGAAUGGAGGGCAACCAGAUGUUCCGGCUCUUCUUCGAGGUUCCAUACCACAACAACAAGCCUGACCUGAACCGGAUCUUUCCGGAGUCGGUCCACGACUGCUCGGCCUUGCACGUUUGCUCCUUUAUCCUGAGCAUCCUGCACCAGGGCAUCUUCAGCGUCUCUGCGUUCAUCGUCAGCGUCAUCUACCUCAGCAGGUUCAAGGAGAGUUCCAGAAUCACUCUCCAUGCCUGCACUUGGCGGCCGUUGUUCCUGACGUCUCUGCUACUGGCCGACAAGAUGUGGGAGGACAAGCCGGUCCGCAAUAGCUCCCUGGCGAAGCUCUUUCCGGUCCUCAGCAAUGGGGAGCUCAACCGCAUGGAGAGCGAGUUCUUAGAGGAGAUCAAGUUCAAUGUGCUGGUAAAGCCGGAUCUCUUCUGCUCCUUCUGUGAGAAGUUGCUGGCGGAGCAGGUACACCAGGAGAUUUCCCACUGCGUCAUCCAGUCAGAGUACGCGGCGACCCUGCAAGUCGACCUGGAGGAGAAGGCUCCUGCGAAGGCUCUGAACGUCCAGAAGGAGGAGGUCGCCACAGAAAAGACAGCAGAUGGCCACAUCCUGAAGCAACCGGAGAUCCGAAAGGUUCACGGCGGCUCACCAGAUGGUGUCAGGUCAGGCUCCUGGCACGGCGAGGUCAAGCGCCCGUCAGUGGUCCAUCAUCCACAGAGCCAUCAACCCCAGGAGCUGCAGCAUGCCGUGGCCUAUGCCACACAGGAGUUGUGGAAAAGGUUUAGACCAGGACCCUCCGCAUGCGCUGGCUGCGGCUGUUGCUGGCUCAAGCUACAGCUGCGGCAACGAGCUUCCGGAGCGGGGGCCAGCAUGGAGGCUGCACUGGAUGCCGCGCUCAAGGAACACUUCGGUUACGACAGCUUCCGAUCGGGACAGCGUGAAGUCGCUCUGGCAGCACUUGAACAUCGAGAUGCGGCUGUGUUCUGGACCACAGGUGCAGGAAAAUCCUUGUGCUACCAGCUGCCAGCGGUGCAGAGCGGCAAGACGGUCCUAGUUGUCUCGCCCCUCAUCUCCCUGAUGCAAGAUCAAGUCCACCGCUUCAACGCGACCAGGCCUCAGUUGAAGCUUUCUUUGCAGUCGCUGCUCCUGGUGGCCAUCGAUGAGGCCCACUGCAUUUCCGAGUGGGGACACGACUUUCGCCCCUCCUACCGCAACCUCCGGGCCAUCCGCGAAGCGCUCCCCACCAUACCUUUGAUGACGCUCACGGCUACAGCCUCUGCUCGCGUGCAGACUGACAUACUGCAGCAACUGCAACUUCGUGAUCCGCUUGUGGCUCGCAGCUCUUUUCACCGACCGAACCUCCAUUUGCGGUGCACGAGGAAGACCUCAAAGGCCGCGGAUCUUGUCCGCAUCGCCAAGGACAUAGAGGCUAACGGGGGCAGCACCAUUGUGUACGUCAUGACGCAGAGUGAUGCGGAGAGCGUCGCUGGUUUCCUGGGCGAGAAGCUGGCCCGGGCCCCCAGCGUGAAGGUCGCGUGCUACCACGGUGGCUUGUCCAUGGCUGCGCGUGAAGAUGCGCACGUGGCCUUCCUGAACGGGCAGGUGCAGGUCGUUGUCGCAACGGUUGCUUUUGGCAUGGGGAUCGACAAGCCGGAUGUGAGGCGCAUCAUUCACUACGGGCCGCCGAAAACUGUGGAGGAAUACUUUCAGCAGAUUGGCCGUGCCGGCCGAGAUGGACUCGACUCCGUGUGCGAGCUGAUUACUUCAGAUGGGGACUUCCGCCAAUAUUCCUCCGAUUUCUACACGAAGAAUUUAAGUGAGGAGAAUAUCAAGCACAUCGCGGCUUCCACAGAAGCCCUGCGCAACUUCGCAAGCUGCAUCAGCUGCCGAUGGCGUUGGCUUUUGGAGUACUUCGGUGAGACGCCCUCCUACCGUCACUGUGGCAUCUGUGACAACAGCGUGGCCAACGGCAAGGACGUGCGCGACUUCCGAGCCGCGGUGGCCCCAAGAAAGGGUCGUGACCACGAGGCCUUGACUCAUCUCCUGCAGAUCAUCACUGGGACCUGGAAGCCAAAUCAGUUCAGCAGUAUCACAGGGACAGUGGCUGCCGCACAGCCGGAGAUACAACAACUCCGGCAGGCUUUGCCUGCGUUGAUGAAAAAGGAGGUUGUCGUUCGGGAGCUGAUCGUGUCGCUUUGCGGCGCCAGAUACCUACAGCGGACAGUCGUCAAGACUAAUAAUCAGAGCUCAUUCUGCAAGGCAUUCGAGGUUUACAGCCUCACAGAAGCUGGUCGAACAGCAUUGCGGAGCAACGCACCGGUGGAUUUGCCCAUAACGGCCACAAUCCGCCAGCAGGAGGCAGACGAGGAACAGCGGCGCAGCGCCAGGGAACGAGAAGUCUCCAGUUUCGGCUUGGAUGUGCGAACUCUGUCCGCCGAGCAAAUGACGGAUGAUGGCCCAGUCCUUUGGUACAUUCGCAAGCUGAAGCACUGGAAAGAUAGCGGCAAAGAAGAGCUCUUGACGAAAGCUGACCGUCACGAGGCGCUCAGGAAAGAGAUCCUCCGCUGGCGCGCAGAGGCCGCCGUGCGAUUGCGCUUGGCGCCUGCCGCUGUGCUCUCUGAGUACUCGUGCAUCGCCUUGACUUACGUCCAACCCACGACCGUGGAGGCCAUCAAGAGCGUCGGUGUGCGCAUUUCGGGUGCGGAAGAGCUGGCCAAGAUUAUCCAAAAGGCCAAGGAGGAGAUGAAGGGAAGCUCCAGCACUGCCGAAAACGCCGAGGCAGAGGAAAGAACUCGGGAAUGCGAGCCGGACUCGGCCGAUUCGGCCCAGAUGGAGCUGCCAGCGGGCAGCGUGACACCGCCCAGGAAGUGGCCGGCCGCGGUCUACAAACCCGGAAAGCGCGGGGCCAAGCCUCCCUGGGAGCUUUCCUACGAGCGCUUCUUACAAAACGAGUCUCUGCAGAGCAUCGCCAUGCGACCGGCUUCAGGCGCUCCAAUUCAGACCAACACGGUGCGAGGCCACAUUUUGACAGCUUGGACCUUUGGAAAGCCCGUGGAUCUGCAGCGUCUCUUCCGGGAGUCGGAAGCCGUCCUGCCAUCCGAGGCCGAAUGGAACCAGUUGGAAGAGGCUGCGGCAGCCAACAAGCUCGAUUUCUCUGCCGAAGUCCGUCUCAAGGAAAUUCUGCUGCUCAUCCUCGGAGACAAGGUGAACCGGGAACCGAGCCUCAAGUCCGAUGCUGACAAGGAGCUUGAGCGCCAGUGGUAUGAGCGAAUGAGAAUCUGGGAGGCUUUCCGCAAAGUGGGCUACGUCCCUUCUUUUGCUGGUGCAAAGCGUCAGCGACUGAACUGCAGGCUGGCACCGCACCGCGUUCCAUUUCCGCCGAGUCCUUACCAAAUCGGGAUUGAUCACAACAGGGUGCAGCCAUUGCGAGUCGGAGAGAAGGCAGAAGAUCAGGCAGACGAGGCCCUGCGAGGCCCACCAGCUGCGCCGCUGAUGGUCCAGUCGGGCCAGCCGCCCAUGAGGCGGUCUCUUCCCGCCAAGGGCACGGCGACGCAGUACGUGCCGCUUGCUCGAGCACCCUCCGUGGGAAGCACAGCAGGCUUCGUGCGAUGUGGCGAGGCCGCCAACGCAGCGAGCAUCCACUCCCGAGGCGGCCACUAUCCAGUGGCCUCCGCGGCGAUGCAGCAGUCACCGAGGUCGCCACCACCGGCGGUGCCAGCGACCCUGCUUGGCCGCGAGGGGGCGGCGUGCCGAGCACAGACUCCCUCCGGCAUGCCCUGCAGUCAGGUCAGCUCGGUGGUCGCCCAGCCAGUGCGGGCUACUCCAGUUGUGGCGCAAGUCCACGCCGUGGUGACACCGAAGCCACGGUCCUCAUCU